CAACCACUUCAGUGAGUCGCCUGGAGAUGGCGGUCAAACCCCACAAAUGAUUCUCCUAGGCGCCUGUUUGGGGCAGUGUCUGGUGUCGGAAUAGUUAACGUGGGGCCGCCCUGGCUUCAGUGACUUUCUUUAUUUUUAAAGAAAAAAAGAACCGACGGAGCAGCAGGAGGGGUGGGAUGCAGAACUGAACUGGACAUACUGAAGGAGAAAAUAGAGGGAACGCUAAUGCUACAAAAUAUGGAGUCUUGCCCGAUGUACAUGUGUGUGUUUUACAAUACAUUGAUGUAGCCAGUCAAUUUUUUAUAUUUAUUUGAACUAUUUUUUGUGUGUGUGACAUCUGCAAUGACGAGGGUCGGGGUUUUGAGCAGGACCGCAGCGAUUGUGCUCUGUCUUUUGGGAUGCAAUGUGUGGAAAGCGGUAACCAAAACCCUGCAAGAUGACAACCCUCUAAAAGAGGUGACUCUGAAGGUUCACCUGAGUGAUGCCAGCACCCACCAGCCCCUGGGCGGAGCCACCAUCGAGCUCUUCGCCAACCACACCUCUGUAACCACAGAGACCUCUGCUGCCGACGGCAAUGCCUACCUGCGUUUUCCCUACCGCCUUGGAACCCUGCUGGUUGUCACAGCAACCAGACAGGGCUAUGUGCCAAAUUCCGCCCCCUGGAGACCCACCAGACUGCCCGUGUUUUCCUCUCUCAGUCUGGAGCUGCUACCAGAGAGAGCUGCCACUCUGAUGGUGUAUGAAGACUUGAUACACAUUAACUCUGGAUCCCAAGGAUUGAGGGGUCAGUCCUGGGUUCAGUUCCAGCGUCGAGCCCUGAGCCUCCCUCCCAACUCGUCCUACAGCAAUCUCACUGCCCUGCUGACUGUGGCCAACAACCCCAGCCACAUCCAGCACUUUCCCUACCUACAGGGCCUGGGGGGCAAUGGAACAGGAAGUGAGCGUAGGUUUGAGCUGACUCCAGUGGCGGCCAUCUCUGUCCACCUAUUGGCCAGCGAGGGGGUGGAGCUCCAGGUGAAUGGCCCAAUCAGCAUCUCCAUCUCUCUACCGGCCAAUAGCGGCCUGAAGGAGAACCAACACAUCCCAGCCUGGAGGUUCGAUCCCAGUCUAGGGGCCUGGUUGAAGAGCAGUCUGGGCUAUGUCCAGAGGGAGGGAGACCAGCUCAGCCUAACCUACAUCGCCCCUCAGCUGGGAUACUGGGUGGCUGCCAUGUCCCCACUAGACACAGGUCCGAUGGUGGCAAAGGACAUCAGUACGUACCACACAGUCUUCCUAUUGGCCAUACUGGGAGGCAUGGCUGUCAUCCUCCUCUGCCUGCUCUGUCUACUACUGUACUACUGCAGGCGUGGUUGUGUGAAGCCUCGUCUGUCUCAGCGGAAGCUGACUCUGUCAUCUGGUCUGGAGGGCAGUAAGAGAGACCAGUCCACCUCUAUGUCCCACCUCAUCAGCAGCGAGGUUCAUUUGGAGCUGGUCUCUACGACAGCAGAACCCGACAUGACCACACCCAUGCUCAAACCCUCCUCCUACGAUCGCCAUGACCUGGUCUCCCAUGGCAACCACAGUCACAUGUCGCUAGGAAACCACAGCCGAAGUCGUCAUGGCUCGUCGCUAGGCAACCUGACACCGCGCAGCAGAGACUACCGUCAGUCUGUGGAGACGUUCCCGUUUAAGUCAGCCCUCUCCGCCGGGACGGAUGCCGGCUACCGCCAAUCAUACACCUCUAUCUGCUCAUCCAUCAAUCAGCUCCCAGAUAGACUUUCCUCCUCAAAUCAGGUGCAGGCGUCAGCAAGUCAAUUGAGUGGUGUUGGGGAGAGCGGGACUAGUGUGCGUGAGGCUACCUCGCCCUGCUCCCCACCUGUCUCCCCUAUCAGAGGGGAGGGGUGUGAGCGCAGACCCCCAGACUACCUCCUGUCCCGGUCUGUGGACCACCUGGGCUCCCUGCCCCUCUCCCUCCCCAGGCCGGGCCAGCUGUUGUGCUGUGGCUCCGUGGACCUGCUGAGUGGAGGAGACGGUUACCCCAGGAGGAUCCGGCCCACCCUGGUGAUUCCAGCCCACUACAUGCGCCUGCCGGGGGAGCACCCGCUGUGUGGCCAGGCCCUGUUCUUACAGACUGACCAGCAGAGUGACCUGGAGACCAUCCAGGCUGAGCUCAACGCCUCACACUCCCAGCAGCCCCUGGGGCAAACACACGCCGAUUAUGCUAUCGCCUCAGCCAACCAGGGACAAGGAGAGGGGCAAGGGGAGUGGAGCAGCCUAUCAGAGUCCCUGUCUAUCCCGACAGCACUUGGGGAGGCAGGUAUUAUGCAAAUGAACGGCGAGGACACGCUAUUGGCUGAGAGGAAACUGAUGGAACUGCGGGGAGGGAAGCCCCUCACACACCCGCGCGCCUGGUUCGUCUCAUUGGACGGUCGGUCUAACGCCAUCAGACACUCUUACAUAGACUUGCAGCGGGCUGGGCAAGCCAAGGGGAAUCCAGGUGGAGGAGGUAGCCAUGGUAACAACAGUGGUGGUAGACAUGUCAACGGAAACGACGCAAGUCUGGACUCCGGGGUGGACCUGAAUGAGCCCAGAGCAGGGCGGAGGGGGAGGGAGGUAGAGGGGAAGGUAGGAGAGAGGGAAAGAGAGAAAGACAGAGAGAGGGGGAGGACAAAGAGCGGCCCUCCUGCCAUGGCCUACACCCAGCUGGUAUAUGUGGAUGACCUGGAGGGGGAGACUCCUGAGUGUAGCCCCCAGGACAGCCCUUUAGGUCCAGGGUUGCAGAACACACAGGGACAUCAACAAGUAGAGGAAGAGGAGGAGGACAGAGGAGAGGAAGAGGAACACAGAGGAGAGGGGAUGAUACAGGAAGAGGCUCCUUCACCCCUCUCCUCCCCCUCAUCCUCAUCCUCCUCCUCCUCUCCACCCCCACUCACAGAGACAAAGGGCGUUGUCUUCAGGACUGAGCAUGACCAGACGGCCCUAUUGUCUGUUGCCCCUGACGACCACGGAGAGGAGGAGAAGAAGAGCCCCUGGCAGAAGCGGGAGGAGCGCCCCCUACUGGCAGUCUUUAACCUCAAAUGACCUUACUUCCCCUCCCACCACCCCACCCCAGAGUGACAUGAAGAAGGAAGUA